AAGAAUAUAUCAUAGUAACAUAGUGAGCAAGCGCGCAUAUUCAACGACUUUUUUGGCUCCAAAUCCAAUUCUUUAAUUCUAAAGUACCAGGACGCCAGCUUGGACCAAACCAGUAUCAUCACCACCUACAACUACAAAAACCCAUCUCUGAAAAAACUCCAUCCUCAAAUCAAUCCCCACCUUCCCAUUCCCAAUCUCUCUGUGUGAGAUUUCAAGUUUUGGGAUUUUGGGUUUUCUUCUCCUCUUCAGAUCUCGAGAUGGGUACCUUGGGGACUUUGAUGAAACAUCCGGAUGACAUUUACCCGCUUUUGAAGCUCAAAAUGGCAGCCAAGAACUUAGAGAAGCAGAUCCCUCCAGAGCCCCAUUGGGCUUUCUGUUAUUCCAUGCUUCACAAGGUGUCUCGUAGUUUUGCUCUCGUUAUUCAACAGCUCGGCACUGAGCUUCGUAACGCUGUCUGUAUAUUUUAUCUGGUUCUUCGAGCUCUAGACACUGUUGAGGAUGAUACAAGCAUUGCAACAGAUGUCAAAGUCCCCAUCUUGAUAGCAUUUCAUCGUCAUAUAUAUGACCGCGAUUGGCAUUUUUCAUGUGGUACAAAGGACUACAAAGUUCUCAUGGACCAGUUUCAUCAUGUUUCAACUGCUUUUCUGGAACUCGGGAAAGGUUAUCAGGAGGCAAUUGAGGAUAUUACCAAAAGAAUGGGUGCAGGAAUGGCAAAAUUUAUCUGCAAGGAGGUAGAAACUGUUGAUGACUAUGAUGAGUACUGCCACUAUGUAGCAGGGCUUGUUGGUUUAGGUUUGUCCAAGCUUUUCCACGCUGCUGAUAAGGAAGAUUUGGCCUCGGAUUCUCUCUCAAAUUCAAUGGGCUUAUUUCUUCAGAAAACAAACAUCAUUCGGGAUUAUUUGGAGGAUAUUAAUGAGAUACCGAAGUCUCGCAUGUUUUGGCCACGUCAGAUCUGGAGUAAAUAUGUUAACAAACUUGAGGACUUGAAAUAUGAGGAAAACUCAGACAAGGCUGUGCAAUGCUUGAAUGACAUGGUCACUAAUGCGUUGAUACAUGUGGAAGAUUGCUUGAAGUACAUGGCUGCUUUAAGAGAUCCUGCAAUAUUUAAAUUUUGUGCCAUACCUCAGAUCAUGGCAAUUGGCACGCUGGCAUUAUGCUACAACAACAUUGAGCUCUUCAGAGGUGUAGUCAAAAUGAGGAGGGGCCUUACAGCAAAAGUCAUUGACCGAACAAAAUCAAUGGAUGAUGUCUAUGGUGCUUUCUUUGAUUUUUCUUCCAUUAUAAAGUCCAAGGUUGACAAGAAUGACCCUAAUGCAACAAAAACAUUGAGCAGGCUGGAAGCAGUACAGAAAACAUGCAGAGCCUCUGGAGCCCUGAGCAAAAGGAAAUCCUACAUCGUCAAGGGUGAGCCGAGCUACAAUUCAACUCUGAUUGUGGCACUGUUUAUUAUAUUGGCCAUCGUUUACGCUUACCUCUCUGCCAGCCCAAGAAUCUAAUAGUUUACAUUUAAAAUAUCCCAAGACAUAAAUGGCUGGUUACAAAAGUACAGGCCUUGUUCCAUCAAACCAAAGUAGUUAUUUUAUAUUUUUUAUGCAAUAAUGACAAUGCUGCUACGGUUGUAUAUUCGAUAUAAAGUCGCUUGAAAUUAUUGAUGUAGCUUUCAACACCAUUAGCAUAGUUAUUGCUGACAUACAAGUGAGCAUUUGUGCUAAUUUUACGAAGUUAACAUUUGAUUUGACCUAAACCUUGUUCCAUCUUGAAAAAG